GAUACUGACCGACUCACCCCUCAUCCAACCUCUCGCUCCUCCUCUUGUUCUUAACCAUUCCCUUCACUCCUCUCCCUCUCGCUAACACGCAAACACUGUGAACACACACUUGAUUUUGUUUAUCACAAACUGAAUCUUCUAUCACAUCAUCCAAUCAUCCAUGGAUAUUGAUUUUAAGGAUAAUGAAACGUUGAUUCCGGUGAAUCAGAAUCACACUCGCCACACGGAUUCGGGAUCUGAUUCUGCUUUUAUCGGCUCAUGGGGAUCGUCGUCGUCGUCUUCCUUCCUUACUCCCUCGUUCGGAUCGGAACUUGAUUCAACCGAUGCAGAUCCAGAUGACGGCGGCGACGACGACGACGAUUUCAUUGCUCAGUUAUCUCGGCAAAUGGCUGAUUACAUGCUUGAAGAGAAGGACGAUAAUCGAAGCGAAGAAAAUCCGUCUUCAAAGGAUUCCGGUUUUCAGAAACAGAAUAUCCAGGAAGCUACUUAUAAUCCAAAUCAGGAGAAGACUCGACGGAGCUACGCAGAUACCGUGAAGAAAUCAAUUGUCGGCUUUCAGUCGGAGCAAAGUCUAACCAACGAUAAACAAAUACAACCGCCCAUUCAACUGUAUCAGGUGGAACAUCAACCUCGAGUAGGGGGGCAGAGUGGUGUGUGGGGAAGAAGAGGGAAGAUGAGCGAGUUGACUCAGCACAUGACACCGCACCGUCCCGAAGUACAGAUGCAUGGUAACAAAGGUGUGAGAGGUAGCAAGGAGUUCAUCAAUGGUGGGAAGGGGUACCACGGUGUUCAUGGCUCAUCAACGGUGGCCGGCUCAGGUAUGAGAGCCAUUUUUCUCGGCGGGUCGGGCUCACAAAACGUCAUGAAUGGGACCGGUGUGUUUUUGCCUCGUUCAACAACAGACGCAACCGUUCAAGGCCGCAAAAAAACAGGUUGUUCAACUGUUCUGGUACCAACAAGAGUACUACAAGCAUUAGAGCAACAUUUUAACAAUAUGGAGUCUCUUUCAUCUUCGAAGAAAUCUCAUAUUCAUCCCAACCGACAAGACAACAACGAUAGAAAGCAUGCGAAAGAGUUGUCAUCAAUGGAGCAACAGAAAUCUAAACUCCCUCAAGAAUGGACUUAUUGAUUGUUUUAGAAAAAAAAAAAAAAAAAAAAACAGGGGGAGGGGGGUCAUUUUGCUAAAAGUAUAAUAAUAAAUCAAUGGAUUGUUUUCGAAGAAAAUAUAAAAAUAAUAAUAAGAAAAUCAAACGAAUGGAUCUUAUUGUUCAAAUAAUGUUGAUUGUAAAGGAAGGUGUCGGUAGCUUAUAUGAAGGGGUCAUUGAUGUAAUUAUAUUUGUUAAGAUGGUCCCCUUGUAAAAUAAAUACCAUGAUGUUUUUGCUUUAAUGUGUUGGAAUGAAAUAAGUCAUUCUAAGUA